AGUCAGGCACAAGCCUGUUUAGCUAUCCCCCUGUUCUCUUUUCCCAUUGUUCUUGUCCAACAUGAUGAACAGCUUCCCAGCCAAUUCUUCUAUUAAUCAAGAAUUUUUUCACAUGCAGAUUAUCAAACCACUGAUGGAGAAGAAGCGAAGGGAUCGAAUUGCCCGCUCUCUGAAUCAGCUGAAGGUUCUCUUGCUAGGUGACACCAACCAGGGAAACAAGCCUCUUCCUCAUUCUCGCAUGGACAAGGCAGCACUCCUGGAAAUGACUGUGCGGCGGAUACAGAUGCUGCAGGUAGCAGUGGCAGAGGACAGGGGCUUCCAAACAGGAUACUCCUACUGUGCCUCUCUUGUUCGAGCAUUCUUCAUCUCAGAGAGACAGCGGUAUCUAGAGGCUCCCACUCCAUCCAACCCUGCAGCCAAACCUACCUGUGAGGCCAUCUCAUUAGCGACUCUCCCAUCUGCCUCUACACUGUUGAAGAUCUCAAGAUGGAGUGAUAUGCAUCUAGCUUCCCACAGCCUCCGACACUUUGAAAGAUCUGUGCCUUCUGUGAUCCUAAGCAGAACAGGGUCUCAGGUCUUCUGGAGACCCUGGUCUACCUGAGCUUUUCACUCAUACUUGAGAGGUGGGAGUGUAGAAAGUAUCCUGUGAGUACUACAGUCUAAUUUA